CCCCGACUCCACCAGGGAGUGCUCUGACUCUCUGCAUGAGACGGAAGCAAUAACAAGAAAAAGGAACACGACAGGAAAGACACGCAAGCGGUGGAGGAAACCGCCGCCACUACUCGCUUCGCGCAUGCGCAGGGCUGGUUGUUUGUCACAAAGCUCUUCUUAAAGUGAGCUGGCAGCGUGCGGGCCAGCUGCCUUUGUAAGGAUAUCGCAGUGUUGGGUGGCUGCCGUUGUCUUCUCAGUCAUUCCGAUGAAGCGUUCAUAGGGGACACGCUGAUCUUGUUGGCAGGCUCUUUACGCAGCAGAGGUGUUGUUCAGUGUAAAGUGAAGGUCGCGUUUUGUGAGACCUUGACUUUUUUGUUUGUUUGGGUUUGUUUGUUUGUUUUGUUUUCCUUACAGUAUAUUUUUAUACACUUCGUUAAAAAUCAUGGUGCUGGGGAAGGUGAAGAAUUUGACAAUAAGCUUUGACUGUCUCAGUAACAACAAUAUCCCCGUGUAUUCUAGCGGGGACACAGUCUCAGGAAGGAUCAGUUUAGAAGUUACUGGGGAAAUUAGAGUGAAAGCUCUUAAAAUUCAUGCAAGAGGACAUGCAAAAGUACGUUGGAGCGAAUCUAGAAAUGCGGGAUCCAACACUGCCUAUACACAAAAUUACACCGAAGAAGUAGAGUAUUUUAACCAUAAGGACGUUCUAGUCGGGCAUGCAAGAGAUGAUGACAAUUCUGAAGAAGGCCUUCACACCAUCCAUUCAGGAAGGCAUGAAUAUGCAUUCAGCUUUGAGCUUCCACAGAUACCACUUGCUACCUCAUUCGAAGGCAGACACGGCAGUGUGCGGUAUUGGGUGAAAGCUGAAUUGCAUAGGCCUUGGCUUCUACCAGUAAAAUUAAAGAAGGAAUUUACAGUCUUUGAACAUAUAGAUAUCAACACUCCUUCGUUAUUGGUAAGAACUCACAGAACUACUCAUUCCUUUUCUGGCAUAAAAAUAAUGACAAAUAAUAACUGAAACAACAUCAGCAUGUAACUUUACCUAAUAUUUAUUUGCUAGCUUAAGUACAGCUCUUAUUUUAAGUAUUAUAUCAGUUUAACAACUCUUUAACUGCUGGUAUUUUGAAGGCUAAGUUAUCCUGUACUUGGAGUUGCUUGAUCUUUACAAGAUAUAAAAUGCAUUUGUCGGUCUAAACUGAUACUACUGAGACGUUAAUUUUGAGGAACUAAGGAUUUUUUAGGAAAGUUAAGAUAAUAAGUUGCUGAAUUAGCUGAAGUAGAUAGGUAAUCUUUGUUCGCAGUUAACAGAAGCCGGAUCUUAGAUAAGCUACCCCGGAUCUUGUAACUCAUUUCUUGUCAGGUUUAUGUUUAUGUAGUUGUCCUUGUAAUGAAAAACAAAAUGUGGUAAAUAGGACAUAAGAUAGCUGCAGAUUUCCUGCUUAAAGGACACAUUGAACACAGGAAACUGUAAGUUCUAACAAGGAAUCAUUUGUCACGAAUGCAUUGAAAAGGUAGAAAGGUCAGGACGAGGAAGACUCAUCUUACUUCCUCAUUUUAGGUGACCCCUCCCCAAAAUAGACCCCCGACUCAUUUUAAGAAACAAAGUACGCAUGCUUAAUAGCCUUUUUGUCAAUUAGCAUAUGAAGCGAGGAAUGGGAGGUGACAGGGGUAUGAAUAUGCAUUUGUAUUUUGGAUAUUCAACACUUUUGUAAAUAAAAGACUUUGUAAUUACCUGUGAAUUUUGCAGUGCAAAUUAGGGAAAUAUCCCGCGUGCUGCCCGGCCAUAAUAAACAUACACU